AUGGCGGAGGUAUGGGACGCAGUAGUGGUGGGGGCGGGGAUAGAAGGGUCCGCCACCGCCUUUCACCUGGCUAAGAACGGCUGCAAAACACUUCUCAUCGAGCAGUUCCCCUUGCCGCACAGUAGAGGGAGCUCCCACGGUGCCAGCCGGAUCAUCCGAAAGGCGUACGUCCAGCAGCACUACGCACGGAUGAUGAACGAAGCGUACCCUAUCUGGGAACAGGUGGAGCGGGAAACAGGCACACAGCUCUACAUAAAAACUGGUGGGAUGUUGGUAGGACCAGGAUCAUCCCAGGAGCUGGCCGAGACAGAGCGGAGUCUGUCAGGUGCAGGGAGUGAGUUUGAGAGACUCAGUUCUGAUGACCUGAAGCUGAGAUUCCCAAACCUGAGCUUCCCUGCAGACUACCGAGCAGUUCUGGACCCUGAGGCAGGGGUGCUGAAGGCUGACAAGGCACUCAGGUGCUUCCAGGAUCUGUUUGUGAAGUAUGGCGGAAGGAUACAUGAUGAGGAGAAGGUGGUGCGGAUUGACCCAGGUGAUGUGGUGACCCUCCACACGUCCAAGUCCAUGUACAAGACACGCAAACUUCUCCUCCUACCAGGGCCCUGGGCGGGCAAACUGUUGGGACCUCUGGGGCUCCACCCACCUCUUAAGCCUACACGUGUCAGUGUACUGUAUUGGAGAGAGAAGGGACCAGGCACCUACUCACCAAAGAAGGGUUUCCCUAUCUUCAUGGACGCGGCACAUGUGUAUGCUCUUCCCUCCUUAGAGUAUCCCGGAAUAUUCAAGCUGUGCUACCAUUCUGGUCCAGUGAUUGAUCCAGAUGACAGAGAUGGUGUUGCAGGUAGUCGAGGUAACCAGGAGAUUGUGAGGAUGAUGUGUGACUAUGUCAGGAAACACUUCCCUGGGUUAGAGAGUGUUCCAGCUAUUCAGGAGUCCUGCAUAUAUACUAACACCCCUGAUGAAGACUUCAUCCUGGAUCGCCACCCACAGUACAGGAACAUCAUCAUAGGGGCCGGCUUCUCAGGACAUGGCUUUAAGCUGGCCCCAGUGGUGGGGAAGUUACUGUGUGAACUGGCUAUGGACAAGCAGCCAUCUUACGACAUGACACCGUUCUCCCUAAAUAGGUUCAACAACACGGCAACUCCUCAAGCCAAACUCUGAAUGACAUUGUUUGACAUGUUAUCAUUUUAAAUGUUACCUGUCAGAAACCCAGCAUUUUAUGAUGUAACGUUAAUAUCGUUAGAUCAUGUUAUUAAUUGGCAUCAAAUGUGCAAUUUACCCUCCAAAACCUAGCAAAAGAUAAUUCAGGCUUUCUUGGUUGAACCUCUAAUUGCCAUUCUCUCAUUGGUUGAACUUCUAAUUUUGAUGGACAUUCGGGAUCGGUCUGUUGACGCCAGGUAUUCCUCCAGGUUUGUGCAUGCAAAUUAACGCAGGUGCGGCAAUGCUGGAUGAAACCCUUGUUUGCGUCUAAACUGGGGAAUAAAAUGAAGAAGUGUGUCAUAAAAUGAUAAAUAUAUGUCAUAACGAUUAUACCCGGUAACUUUCGCUGACCUUAACUUUCCUUUAUCUUUCCUGACCUUAACGACCCUCAUCUUUUCAACAUGAC